CGGCAUGAAGCCAUCAAUUUCAAUAUAAUACCUUAAUUAAAAAUAAAAAAACUUCAUAAAUUUAAUUUUAAAAAAUACUACUGCCUCAAAUAUAUUGACAUUUAGCAACCAUUGUUCGUUUUACCUCCAGUCAUUGCGCAUGUGGCUCACCUGGCUGGGAGGAAAAAGCAGGAAAAGAACAAGAAAACAAACUAUAAAUUGAAGGCCCAUUGAUCUGAAAUUUCAGUUGCCGGUGUGACAAUUUCCCAAGUGGUGGAAAGCUUCAUUUGUGAUCUGUGAUCGUGUUGCCAGUUUCUAGGAGUUUGCGUUUGUUCACUAUUCGCUUCAGUGUUUCCUACGAGUUGUGUGUCAUCAUGCCUCGCUCGUCUAACAAGACUCCGGAAGAUCGUCAUGCGUUGGUCAAAUGGACCGAAGGUGUCCAUGCCGGCAUGUACACACACAAUGUGGCUUUGGACUGGAUUCAUGAUUUUGAUGCUACGUCUCCGCGCUACCCCGAGACGUACGCCAUCGAUUGGCGUGUGCCUCCCAAGCCCCGAAGCGGAUGGCCCGUUAUUGAAGGGCUCGUUUUGGACAUCAGCUCUGAUCUUGAGUACCUCAAGUCUAAAGCUGAUCAGCUUACCAAGAAGGACCAACAACGCCUCAACUCCAGUGGAAGGAAUGACAACGAAGAUGCUGGCUCCUCAUCCAGUGAGAGAGAUUCCAACCUCAUGGAUGUCAAUUCAGAAGCAUUCAUCGCUUUAGUUGCUCGUCUUUCGAAGAGUCAUGCCAAUCAGAGUACUGGUAGUUCCUCCUCAAGCAGGAGUUCUUCCUUCAGCAACAGGAGUUGCUCGAAUGAAUCUACUUCACCUCCGCCACAGCAAAAGGUGAGCGUGGGCAAGAGUUUGUGUGUUGACAAAACUGUCUACACAUUGGCAUUGAAUGCUGGUUCACCAGGGCGCAUGGUGCGACCCCUACUCCGUCAGGCUUUCUCCAGGCGACGUUUAAUUGCCUCCACAUAUGCUGGUCAGAAGAGGAUGGUGGACGGCAAUCUUCGUGUUAAACCUUCCCUAAAGAAGUAUCAGAAGAUGGCUGAUAUACACAGUUUUGUACUUCGGAAGUAUCCUUACCUUUCUCAAUCCAACUUUGGAGCUAUUGUGAACAGCUUUUUAGGAGAGAAACCUAACGCAAUCCAGAAUAUAGAGUAUGUUGAAGACAGCUCAGAGAGUGAAUCUGAAUGAUUUCUACUGCAAGUUCUGCCUGAAUUUUAUUAUUUUACUGUGUACUUUUGUACUGUGUACAAAAUUUUAUUUUACUGUGUACAUAUGAAAUGUCCAUGAUUUUCUCUUGGUUCCAAUAAACCAUCUCCAUAACAACAUU